AUGGCCGCCCUCGCUGUGUCCGCCUCCAUCUCCGCCAGCGCCUUCUGCGGCCAGAAGCUUGCUGUGAAGAACAAUGUGAAGGCUGCCCCCGCCAAGGCCGUUAGGUUCACUGCUCCCCGCGCCAAGUACGGCGAUGAGAGCGUGUACUUUGACCUGAAGGACCUCGGCAACACCACCGGUUCCUGGGACCUGUACGGCAACGAUGGUGCUUCCCCCUACAAUGGCAUGCAGGCCAAGUUCUUCGAGACCUUCGCCGGCCUCUUCACCAAGAGGGGAAUUCUUCUGAAGGUGCUCAUCCUCGGCUAUGCUGGCGCCAUCGGUCACUUCGCUGCCAACUCCACCGGUGACAUCAUUGCCAUCCAGAACGGCCCCCAGAAGCCCGCUGCCCUCGGCCCCAGGGGCAAGAUCUAA